AUGCACAAGAUAUCCAACUUUACGGGGCAGGCCCGUCAUGGUUGGGAACGAAUGACGCCGACUUUCGGGAUGUCCAGACCUCACACCGAUAUGGCCUUUCGCCGACCACACGGGGCACCGCCCAUGACACCGCCGACGAGCAUCGACCCGACCGUCAAUCUGUCUUUUAACGUCCCAUUCUCAUCUACCCUCGCGGGGCCCGAUGUCGAGGACGUGCUGCACGCGAGUCCCGGCGCCCUGCAACGCUGGACCUUUCCUGAAGGAACCCCAGACGGCACUUCGGUUCAUCAACUCCCCGUCCACACGAACAACGUCGAAGGAUUGCAAGCGUUAUGCCGGAAGAUCACGGAGGAAAAAGGUGGACGGGUGGAAGCUACGCUCACGACCUCCGAGGCCAAGGCAGUGCCAUCCCUCCAACGCCGCCCAAAUGGCUUGGUCACCAACGUCUGUGUCACUGGAGAUGGAGAGAUGGCACGCAAGAUGCGAGCGAAAAUCUUGAACGAAACACCGAUCAUGUUGCGAUGUGCGACCGUCGAUGUUGAUAUGCAUCUCAUCAUGGAUGCUUCGCCCAAGGGAAUUCGAGCCAGUGUGCUCGAGCACCUCGAUACAUUGGCUGCCUACACCGGAGCCGAUAUAUUCUUGCUCACCCCGAAGCUCCACGAUGCAGACAGCGCAGUGGUGUCAUCCUAUGGCUACGCCUCGGAUAACGGUCUGGACCAGCGAUUCCGAGUGGCUAUCUAUGGCGACCUGGAGAGCUCGGAGCAUGCGAAAACCAGAGUUCUCAUCAUGAUCGACCAAAUUCUCAAACGCCACGUGGACGCCAUCAAGCUCGACUCGACCAUGCACACCUUGGUCUGUGGUCGGACUCGCAAGAACAUCAAGCUCAUCGAGGCUGCUACCGGCACCGCCAUCUAUUUCCCCCCUCCUUUCCCUCAGAUUUUCGGAUAUAUACCCCCCGGUGCGAAUCGUCGAAGCGAGGAUGAAGUGUACAUUACCGGCGAGACACCUGAGCAGAUUGCUCGUGCGAAGCAGAAGCUGCGCGAGCUGGUGAUGGGAGUGAAGAUUUUCGUUAAGGAUGUGGUUGUGAGCUCAAGCAAGAUCGACAACAUCUUGCUUGACCGUCUGGACAAAGUGCGGAAGGUCAUGGAGAUGAACGGGUCCUACGUUCUGUUCCCCCAGCUGGGCAGCCAACGCGGCCUGGUUCGGAUCCAAGGCACCGAGGUGUUGCAUGUUGAACGGACCGUGAGGGAGAUCAUGGCCUUGGCCGGUCAAUUCUACAGUGCCUCUUGGUGGAUUAUCAUGCCCGACCCCGCUCAGGGUGGUCUUCGUGCCCCCUCUACUGCCGACAUUCGCUCCAUGCUCUCGGAUAUCUGCACCAACUCGGAAGCCGAGGUCAGCUUCGACAACCUGACCUUCACGAUCAACGGUUCCGAUGAUGCCGUCAAGGCCGCCAUGACAGUCAUCAACCAGAUUCCUUUCGUUAUGCGAAGCCAAUACCAGAUGCGCGUCAAGAUCGAGCUGGCAAACGAGCACAAGGAGUUUGUGAGCGGCAAGAAGAACGGCAAGAUCAACAAGAUCAUGGGUCAGAGCAACGUUCAAAUCAUCUUUGACGGCUUCAACGAAUACAACUUUUAUAUUGACGUCUGUGGCAACCAGUACGAAUCGACCAAGAACGGUCUCGAUCUUGUUGAGCAAGAGAUGCCCGCCUCGAUCUCGUUCCAUGUGCCGGAUCAGUACCACAAGCGGAUUAUUGGAAUUGGUGGACAACACAUUCAACGUAUCAUGAAGAAGUACUCUGUCUUCGUGAAGUUCUCCAACGCCAUGGAUCGUGGUGGUAUGGGCAAGGAAGACGACGACAUCAAGGUUGACAACGUCAUCUGUCGGACUCCUGCCCGCAACGCUCAGAGUCUGGACCUGGUGAAGCAGGAGAUCAUGGACAUGGUCGAGAAAGUGGUAAGUUCCAUAUCGCCGACAGCGCCUACAGUCACAAGACUGACCACAUUGCAGGAUGCCGAGUACGUAUCUGAGCGGGUUGUCAUCAACCGCUUGUAUCACCGUGAGCUGUUGGCCCGUAUGACCGAGAUCGACGAGCUGGAGAAGAAAUGGAACUGCAAGAUCGAGUUCCCUAGCACGGAGCUCGCAAGCGAUGUUGUUACCAUCUCCGGUCCCGAGUACCAGGUUCCUCAAGCAGUGGAUGCACUACUUGGAAUGGUCCCGGAGAGCCACGAGCUUCACUUCCAGAGCUCUGUGGAGCUCCAGGACUACUUCAAGUGUCCUGACUUCCUUGCUGAUGUUCGCACCAAGCUCAAAGAGCAGUACGAGGUCGAUAUCAACGUUGACGUUGGUACCGACCUUCCUACUACCGCGGAAGAGGGGUCCGGUUCCUCCUCUCCUACUUUGGGACCCGAAGACCGUGUUGUACUCGGCUACACGCGCAACAACGCCGGUGGAUUGAAGGAUGCGAUUGACUUCCUGAUUUCCCGCCUUGUUGCGCACGGCCUGGACGCCAACACUGUCAAGGGAGCGAUCCCUCGUCCCAAAUCGGAUUCUUUCGAGGAGUCCUUGCCCUUCUUCGAUUCGAAGUUGUUGCAACACGCCCCUGCACCACUUUCCACCGACUCGCCCACCCGGCCCAAUUUCUCCGACGAAACCAGUGAGCGGGGCUCUAUUUUCGAGCGCCUCCGCAAGCCCGGCAGCAUUUCGUCUUUCUCCUCGUUCAUCGGCCGCAAGAACCACUCUGCCUCGCCGGGGUCGUUCUUCAAGCAUGCUUCGAGCAACGCCUCCAAGGCCUCACUUGUCUCCAUGGAGUCGCGUGAUAGCGGCUACCGCAACCCAUGGAAUGAUUCUGGCGUGAAUCUCCCCGAGGACGAUGGGCCUGUCCUCGGUAGUUCACACAGCCACAAGAGCAGUACCAGCAAUGGCUGGCCCACGCGUUUCGACGCCAAGUUUCCCUUCGGCACCGCGCCUGGUGACAUGACGCCCAAGCAUGACCCGCGCACCUCUUUUGACAGUGGUCGUCCUAGCACUUCCAAUUCUACUUCUGGAUACCCGGCCCCAAUUGGGCCACCGCGUUAA